AUGGCACGUACCAAACAAACGGCACGUAAAUCAACUGGAGGUAAAGCUCCUCGUAAACAGCUUGCUACUAAAGCAGCCCGCAAAUCUGCUCCUGCAACUGGCGGUGUCAAGAAACCUCACCGCUACCGCCCUGGUACUGUUGCUCUUCGUGAAAUUCGUCGCUACCAGAAGUCGACAGAGCUUUUGAUCCGUAAGCUUCCGUUCCAACGACUUGUCCGUGAAAUCGCUCAGGACUUCAAGACUGACCUACGCUUCCAGGGGUCUGCAGUUCUUGCACUCCAAGAAGCUGCUGAAGCAUAUCUUGUCGGUCUUUUCGAAGACACUAAUCUUUGUGCGAUUCACGCCAAGCGUGUCACUAUUAUGCCGAAAGACAUUCAGUUGGCUCGUCGCAUCCGUGGUGAACGCUCGUAA